AUGGGCCAGCAGUCUAGUCGCAGCACAGUAGAGGGCGAGGCAGGGGAAAUGGAUUUCGAUCGCUUGGUGGAGGUGAGACCAGCCAUCAAAUUGCUGCAUUUUGAAAGAGCGGCAGAAAUGAGAGAGAAGUGCAACGAGUGGGAGACAGGGAGAGCGCAGGAGCAGAACGAAGAACUUCGAAAUAUGGGAAAGGUAGAGAAAUUUUGGAUAGAAGAUGGAUUGAGAUUUGGUUAA